AUGGACUCUAUUUUCACAAGAUAUUGUCUUUAGUACCUACAAAUAGAAAGUGAGAUGUCAGGGUUCACAUCAGAUUUAAAUUUACACAGCAUUCAGAUGGAAAAUGUGACCAAAGUCACCAUGUUUAUAUUGACGGGUUUCACAGAUGAUUUUGAGGUGCAAAUCUUCCUCUUUUUACUAUUUCUAGCAAUCUACCUUUUUACUCUGGUAGGAAAUUUGGGGCUAGUUCUAUUAGUCAUUGGGGAUUCUCGGCUACACAACCCCAUGUACUACUUUCUGAGCGUAUUGUCUUUCCUGGAUGCCUGUUAUUCUUCAGUUGUCACCCCAAAAAUGUUGGUCAAUUUCCUCGCAGAGAAUAAAGCCAUUUCCUAUGUUGGAUGUGCAGCGCAGAUGCUUCUCUUUGUUACCUUUGGGACCACAGAAUGCUUUCUCUUGGCUGCAAUGGCAUAUGACCGCUAUGUCGCCAUCUACAACCCUCUCCUGUACUCAGUGAGCAUGUCACCCAGAGUCUAUGUGCCACUCAUCGUUGCUUCCUACGUGGGUGGCAUUUUGCAUGCUUCCAUACACACCGUGGCCACAUUCAGCCUGUCCUUCUGCGCAUCCAAUGAAAUUAGACAUGUCUUUUGUGACAUCCCUCCUCUCCUCGCCAUUUCUUGUUCUGACACUCACACAAACCAGCUCCUGCUCUUCUACCUUGUGGGCUCCAUUGAGAUCGUCACUAUCCUGACAGUUCUGAUCUCCUAUGGUUUCAUUUUGUUGGCCAUUCGGAAGAUUCAUUCUGCUGCAGGGAGGCAGAAAGUCUUUUCUACAUGUGGCUCUCACCUAACCGGAGUGUCAAUAUAUCAUGGAACCAUCCUCUUCACGUACGUGAGACCGAGUUCCAGCUAUGCUCUGGACCAUGACAUGAUAGUCUCAACAUUUUACACGAUUGUGAUUCCCAUGCUGAAUCCCAUCAUCUACAGUUUAAGGAACAAAGAUGUAAAAGAAGCAAUGAAAAAAUUGGUAAAAAUUGGUUCCUAA